UCAAUCUCCCUCAUCAUGUCAAAAAUGGCGGCCAUCUCUCCAUCCCCUUCCUCCUCCUUCUCCAGACCCUCUCCUCCUCCUUUGCCUUCUUCCCAAAAUACCAUUUCCGGAUUUACCCUACCCUUUUCCUCCAUUCCUCACAGAUCCACUCCCUUCCGCCCUCUCCGCAUCUCCAAUUCCCUCAAACCUAAACCCACACCCAAGCCGACCGCUGCCGCCGCCGCUACCGCCACUACCUCCUCCGACCCCCAAACUUUCACUUCCCGAUAUGCCCCUGACGAGCCCAGAAAAGGCGCUGAUGUCCUCGUGGAGGCCCUCGAACGCCAAGGCGUCACCGAUGUAUUCGCCUAUCCUGGAGGAGCUUCCAUGGAGAUCCACCAGGCCCUCACCCGCUCCUCCGUCAUCCGCAACGUCCUCCCCCGCCACGAGCAAGGCGGCAUCUUUGCUGCCGAGGGAUAUGCGCGCGCCUCCGGCCUCCCCGGCGUCUGCAUCGCCACCUCCGGCCCCGGCGCCACCAACUUGGUUAGUGGCCUCGCCGAUGCGCUCCUGGACAGCGUGCCGUUGGUGGCAAUCACGGGACAGGUCCCCCGCCGCAUGAUCGGCACCGACGCAUUUCAAGAGACCCCGAUUGUAGAGGUAACGAGAUCCAUCACCAAGCACAAUUAUCUUGUUCUUGAUGUAGAAGAUAUCCCAAGGAUUGUCAGCGAGGCAUUUUUCUUGGCCAGCUCGGGUCGGCCCGGGCCGGUUUUGAUAGACAUCCCGAAAGAUAUACAGCAACAGCUUGUGGUUCCCAAUUGGAACCAACCCAUGAGUUUGCCUGGCUACAUGUCUAGGUUGCCCAAGUCCCCCUCCAACUCCCAUCUGGACCAGAUUGUUAGGUUGGUCUCUGAGUCCAAGAGGCCCGUUUUGUAUGUUGGCGGCGGCUGUUUGAACUCUAGCGAGGAGCUGAGGCGCUUUGUGGAGCUUACCGGGAUCCCGGUUGCCAGUACUUUGAUGGGUCUCGGUGCCUUUCCGAGCUCCAACGAACUGUCCCUCCAAAUGCUUGGAAUGCACGGCACUGUGUGCGCUAAUUAUUCUGUGGAUAAGUCUGAUUUGUUGCUUGCCUUUGGGGUGAGGUUCGAUGAUCGUGUCACGGGCAAGCUCGAAGCUUUUGCUAGCCGAGCAAAGAUUGUCCACAUUGACAUUGACUCUGCAGAGAUUGGAAAGAACAAGCAGCCUCAUGUCUCGGUUUGUGCGGAUGUGAAAUUGGCACUGGAAGGGAUGAACCGGACAUUGGAAAACAAAGGAAGCAAGCUUAAACUUGAUUUCUCGGCGUGGAGGGAGGAGCUGAAUGAGCAGAAAGUGAAGUAUCCGUUGAGUUUUAAGACUUUUGGGGAAGCCAUUCCUCCACAGUAUGCGAUUCAGGUUCUCGACGAAUUAACUGAGGGGAAUGCAAUUAUAAGCACGGGUGUUGGGCAGCAUCAAAUGUGGGCGGCUCAGUUUUACAAAUACAAGAGGCCUCGCCAGUGGUUGACAUCCGCGGGGUUAGGUGCCAUGGGUUUUGGAUUGCCUGCUGCUAUUGGGGCUGCGGUUGCAAAUCCAGAUGAAAUUGUUGUUGACAUUGAUGGUGAUGGAAGUUUCAUGAUGAAUGUCCAGGAAUUGGCAACCAUAAGAGUGGAGAAUCUGCCAGUGAAGAUAAUGCUGUUGAAUAAUCAGCAUUUGGGAAUGGUGGUUCAGUGGGAGGAUCGGUUCUAUAAGGCAAACCGGGCUCACACUUACUUAGGGAACCCGUCAAAUGAAUCGGAGAUAUUCCCUAAUAUGCUGAAGUUUGCAGAGGCUUGCGGGAUACCAGCUGCCCGGGUGACGAGGAAGGAACAUCUAAAGGAGGCAAUUCAGAAAAUGCUGGACACUCCUGGUCCGUACUUGUUGGAUGUAAUAGUACCCCAUCAAGAGCAUGUGUUGCCUAUGAUCCCCAGCGGCGGUGCCUUCAAAGAUGUGAUCACCGAAGGUGAUGGAAGAUCGUCUUAUUGAUUUCGAUGGCAGCGCAGGCCAGGACAGGUCUCCAUCCUUUAUAUGUACACAGUUUUGAGAUGUACUUUUCUUUUUAAAGUGUUUGAGUUGCUUACUAUGUAAUUGUCUGAAUUAGCUUGAACAAGUUGUACUUUGAAUUAUCGUUUCUAUGAUUUGUUUCAGUA